UUGCAGGUGAGCUGCCCAGCAGGUGAAACAAAUGAAUAUUUAGGAGAACUAAGUGAAAUGCAUCAAUCAUCUAAUGAAGACAGAGAAAUCCUUCAUCCAUUUUAUAGACAACCACCAAUACAGUAAGUAGGUGGGGCUGUAUGGAUUGACUGUAUAGAGGAACAGAGAUGCACAAUUUUUUUUUCACCUGUAGCUAGCGCAAUGCUUUAAACUCUGAUGGAAUGGCUAGGUUCUACAUUGUAGGUGUUAUAGUUGCAUUUGGCAAUGGAGAAUGCUUCCUAAUCUGCUGGUUAUUCUGUGAAUUUAUGGGCAUCCUGUGUAAUCAAGCAUGCUGAGUCAAAAAAAUUUGAUCAGCUGGUAGGGGAGUACAUGUAUGUACAGUACAUACUGUAGAUACAGCUAGGUCGACUAUUUUAAUAUCCUGGUAAAAAGGUUUUUCAUAGAGAUUGAGAUCUUAUGUUCAUUUAUCAGUAAUCAAAGCAAAACAUGUUCUGUCUGAGAUUUUCUGCAGCCAUGCAUUUGUAUCGAUUUUUUGCUUAACCCUUUAAGUCCCAAUGGUGACCAACAUCAAUUUUCUCCAAAUGAUAUCCAUACAUUGUCAAAAGAUUAGGUUAUGAGAAUUAAUAAAAUGAUCACCUAAGAGAAAAUGCCUUGAUCUUUUAUCAAAUUCUCUCAAGUCAUUCUUUAAGGAAAUGUAUAGAGAUCAGUUCGGAGAAUUUGUAUGUGGAUAUUGGGGCUUAAAGGGUUAAUAACCUCCCUAUUUAUAUACUUAGGUCAGGUGUGCAAGAUGAUGAUUUCAACCAAAGAAUAAGAAGAUUUGUUGCAACUAAAGCAGACCUGUUGUUUUCCAUGGAAGGGAAGCAGAAAUUACAAAGAGGAGUUGACUUUGGCUUGCAUUCAAACCAGGAAGGUAAGUGUACAUGUACAUAAAUACUGAGGAUACGCAGAGCUUGGUCCUCAUGUGCUGCCUUUCUACCUGCCACAUACAUGGCGGUCUUGCCUGGGAUACUGUUCGUCAUCAAUGCCAGGAAUAGGAACAGGGUAGGUCUUUACUGCUGGCAUGCCUGCAAAGUUGAACUUGGGGCAACUUCCCAGGUACAUACAUAGUGGUGGCAGAGUGGGAUGGCCUCUGUCGCCUGUAACUUCUGUUCUCACAUUGGAAUGGUAUCCCUUGCAGUACUGGCAGCUAUAUCGCAGGCGGGUUGCUGACAUAUGAGAAUCAGCAACAUGCUAGAUAGCUCUGUGACUGAAAGUAAAGGUUGUGUUUCUGUUCAGACUUCACUCAUUUAACUUCUUUUUCACUUCUCUUUGAUCGAGAUAAUUGGUGAUCAGUUCUUUCCUUGGUUUAUGCUGGAAAUCCUUCGUUAGAAUGUCAAAAGUAUUCUGAACAUGGUUGUAAGAGAAAUUAUUGCUUAAAUUUUAAAAAGAUUUGAGUGUAAUAGUAUAACUCAUCACAAAGUAAAUGAUCAUAAUUUGUCCAACAACAGGGCUCGACGUUGCGACCUGUGGGGUCGCCAAUGCGACCAGCUUUUACUCAGUGGCGACUAAAUUUUCACCGCUAGUCGCCAACCUGGCCACCAAGAUAGGUGACUUUCUUCUUUGGGUAAACGUACACUAAUGAUAAUCUGUUAUCCUUUACAAAACUAACGGAUAGCUAACGGUUUUGCUAACGCUCUAACGUUUUGCCCAAACGCUCUAAUGGUUUGUCUAAACAUUUUAACGAUUUGUCUAAACGCUUUAACGAUUUCUUUCAACACUCUAAUCUACGUUUACUUGAAAGAGGAUUGUGAAAUGAAUGAAUUCGACAAAAGACUUAUCGACUUUCGGGCAAAUCGAUCGCAAUUCUCAACAGAUCGUCCCGUGUUUCUCCGGGAAUGACUUUUAGCGCAUCGAUAUUUAAAACAAUUUCUUUUUGCCCAACAUGUAUCUCGAUUGCGGACUCGAUAGCAGAUUAGUCUGAUAAAAGCUAAAGCUAAUCGAAGCUAAUCGAGAACGAACAGCGCUUACUCGAACUUCGCAAUUCUUGUAAACAACUUUACGCAAAUUUCUGUUGAGCGUGGCGACCCAAAUAAAAGCUCUGAAGUAUUUUAUUGACUUCUAAUGAAGUACCGUUGAACUCAUGCUGUUUGUCUAACAGACUUCUCGCGAAAUCAACUUCAUUGCCCGAAAACAUUAGCGACGUUUCCUCUUUCUGGAGACUUUCGAUCACGUGUUAGGCAACCGCGAAAUAGAUGAAGUUUCACCGAUGUUCAUUUCUGAACGUGCAAAUACAUGGGACGCAAAACAAAUUUUGCAGAUUUUGUUCUUUAAUAUCCCAAAUAAGUUGUUUUAAGAUUCCUUAAGUUUGUUUUUCUUAAUGUGUAUUCCAUUUCCUGAACCUUAAGCUUGAAUACCUUAUAAUAUAUAAUUUUUGGCAACCAGAAUACUUGUUCUGGCGACCAAAAAUGAAAACAUGGGGGCCUGUUGGCCCCAAGAUUUUUUUCUGAAAGUCGAGCACUGAACAAACAUGUAUAAUUUUUUUGUUACAGGUCAAAAUUUAAUUUAAGUUAUAAUAUUUUAACCCAGGUUGAUUCUCGAUUCCCUUUGUCUUCUAGCCCUAAUCAUUCAUGAAUUAUGGCUAGGAGACAAAGAAAAUUAAGAAUCAACCUAGGUUAAAAGUUUAACCUGAAUUUAAUCGUGGCCUGUGACAUAUAAUUAUUAAGGCUAGAUUUAGUGGUAAAAAGUGAACUAAAGUGGUUAAUUUUCAAAGAGAGUAAGACAAAAAAAAAAAGGUUUGUUUUAGAUUCAACAGUUUAGUUGCUAAGGAUGUAAAUAUUAAGUAGAUAAAUUAGUGGGAAGCCUCCUUAUCAGUAAAAGGGUUAUGACAAAGGAAAUCGGCAAUUAGUGUCAGAAAUACAAUAGUAUUUGGGGUGGGCUUGUAACCAGGUACAGGUACGUAUUUAGUGAUGGAGGUGAAAGUACUUCUGUUAUUUUAUUGACUACAACAUGUGAUGUUGACUAUAAGAGAAUGAUUUUAUUAAAUGAAAGAACUGUGAUAUAUUUCAGUGUUAGAUCCUUAUGCGGAUACUCCUUCUCUUGAAACCUUAAUGGAAAUACCUUUGCAUGUCAGAAGAACACAGUUGUUCAAGGUUAGCUCCAAACCUGCAUCAUGUACUGAUAUUUAUUUAGGCAAUUACAUACAAUUCCUGCUGUUUUCUGUGUCAAGAAAUGCAGAUCUACAGGGCUCGACUUUCUGUAUUUCGUAUAUGGAUUGACUAUACUUUUUGACUCUCUCUGCAGUGUUUAAAGGAAGGAGAGAUUGUCAUUGGCAAAGUAACUUACAAAAGACCCUUUGGUAUUAUAGUAACACUGACUAUGUUGGAAUCUGGGUGCAAUAGAGACUUCAGUGAUCUUGAUAUUCAGGUAUAUUAUUAAGAAGGUAACCAAUAUUACAUUGUGGAAGAUAAAAUGUAAGCAGGGUUGAAAAAGGAUUGUGAAGAAUCCAAUAUUGCUGGGAUGUUACAAACAAUCUUGGAUGCUUGCAUGCUGCAGAGAACCAGUUUACUCUGAAGCAUCCUUUGGUUUGGAUUUGUUUAAAUUCUCAUUGAAUUAAAUGCUACUGGCAAAGCAUCUGAUUUGGGGCCAAGCCCUUGAUUUUAUAAACACCUGUGACAUUCCGGUGAGCUUUUGCAUGAAAAUAUGAACUCACACCUGAAAAUAACAUGUUAUCUUCACAUGUGAAAAGAUCUCUGUUGCCAUGGUUACAUAAUGAAUUGCACCUGUUUUAGCCAAAACCUAUUAAAGGGAAAUUCUUUGGUACUUCAUUGAUGUUUUCAUUGUACCUAAUGUACAAAAUUGCCGCUUGGAGAUACGAAAUUUUAACACUUGAAGAGAAAUUUCAUAUCGGCACACAUCUAUGUGAAAGCCUCCUUCUACAUUACUCACAAAAAUGUGUUUCUGUCACUCACCGUCAGCACUAUUCUUAGCUGCUUGUUUUAUUGCUUUACCCAGGCAUUGUGCAAGUUGUCAGAGUUAGACAGCUCAGAACUGACCAAGGAGUACAAAGACCCAACUGAUGCUUAUGUGAUUGGUGAUAUUAUUCGAGGUUCUUACCAUAUGUGCCCCACAUUUUGAUAAAAAUUUGGACUUUAUUUAAUUUGUCUGACAUCAAGUUUUUGAUGGCUUAAAUUUUUUUUCAUGUAGGAGUAAUUACAAAUGUAAAUGGUGAGGAGGAAAAAGUGUCAAUCUCUUUGAGAAAUUCAAGAUUACCUGAUGUACAUAAACAUGUGUGUUUGGUGAGUGCAUUUCAAUAAAAGACUGCAUGUAGAUGUUCAUGAAGCACUUUCUAGCAUCCCCGUUACUUAUUUGUUAAUUUUUAUCCGAUAGGUUCACCCUUUAACCUUGCAAUGGAGGGUUUUAAAAACUUUGUACGACUGUAUGCAAUAAUUGUCUUGAUUUUCAUAUUAUUUCUUUCAUUUAACCAACACUAGACAAGUAAAACUGUUUUAAUUAUGCUUAGUUGUUGCUUUUCUUUCACCUUGUUUGCAGGGUGUUGUGGAUGACUCUGAUGUGGUUUUCACAAGGUAUACUGUAUGCCAUUAUAUUUUAUUUGUAAACCGUCCUCUACACUUAUCACGAAAGUGGUGCACAAAAGCCUAAUUUUACAGUGUAGGUGGCCUGACAAAACCUUAUCAUUCACACAGUUUGCAACAUGUCUUGUCCUAAGAGAAAUGUGGUGGUGAAUUUAAAACCUGGUGAUUACAUGUAAAAGAUGUUUAUUCAAUCAGUGGUGCAGGCAGCUUAGAAAAAAAAAUUGCAAAUACUCCUGUUAGUCAAACCUAUGACCUGGUUCAGAUGCUCUACCACUAAGCCUCAGGAGACUCGUGUUAGCUUUUUGAGAAAAGGAAUGUGUUUUGUGACGUUUUGACAAGUUGUUACAUCUGAACCUUGUUGUUGUGGAUUUUUCAGGAGAGAUUUAAGGAAACUUUCUUUGAACUGUUUUGUAUUUUGCAGGUUACAGAAUAAUCCAGAUGUAUUGAAUUAUGAAGAACAGUUGAACAAACAUAAGGGUUUUAACAACCCAAGGAAUAUAGAUACACUUACAGAUCUCCUUGGUAUUGAUACCACAGCUCCAUGUUCUUUAUUGAGAUGCUUCCAAAGGUACAUUCAUGCAAAAUAGUCCCUAAUUUUUCCAUAAGAACAUUGAGAUCGAGUGCGCCUACCAUUACUGAAGGCGUGGACCCUGGGGUUUAUAGCCGUAGGGGUAGAUUUUUCUUGCCUUCGCCCAAACAAUCCCUUGCUCCCUGAGUAGAUUUGACACUUGUCCCCAGGCUACACUCGGUAGUUUUGAAACCAAGAUGGCCGCCUGUAACGGCUGGUGCUGGAUCCUGACAAUCGUACCGAAAAAUAGGGGACUGUGAACAGUCAAGAUUAUUUUAAACAAGUCCAGUAGCAAACGUGAGAAUUAUCUUACUUUGCUGAGUUUACUGUCAAACUCAGAAAACCGUGAACACCUGAAAAUUUUCAGGAAUGUUGAUUGUGUACUGGCCAAUUACAAUAAAGUUCAGGAUACGCAAGCAAACCUCAAAACCACACACUAAUUACCAUUGCUGUUUGCGGUUUAGUACUGUUAUCUUGCACCUUAUUGGCUUAUUUCUCGCAACACAAUACCGUAACAUUCCAUAAAUAUUUCUGGUGUUCACGGUUUUGUUAGUUUCACAGUAAUUUUUUUGUUAUUCUAAUUGUAGAAUUCUUUUCUCUGUCUUCCCAUACCUAUUUAAAACCCUGUCUAAUGUCAAGUUGGAUAGUCUUAACCUUAAAAAGCGUUUUCAGUCGUGGAAUUAAGCUUAUAUAAGAUCUGAAAAGAUUGGAUCAUUCAAAGUUAUUGUUUUUUGUUGUUACAUAGAAAUGUAGCUCGUGUGUAUUUCCUUCACAGGAAGGACUGCCCAGAGGGUGACUAUGCAGAGCCUCUGAGAAGGCGGCAGUCUGCCAAAUGGUCAAUGGAAACGUAAGGAUUUCUAUUGGUUGAGUGAUUGUAUUGUCAAUGCCAUUUUUUAAUAGUGAUAGAUUAUAUCAAGUUGUAGAAUGAUUUUUAAUUACAUUUAAGCUGCAUGCAACUUGAGAACAUUUAUCUGCAUGGUCGUUACCACUAAUGUAGGUUCCAAGUGUAGUGCCCUUUAUUUGGGAGAAAAGAAAUGAAUUCAGAAAACAAAGCUAUGCUUCUGAUCCUAAAUGUUGAAUUUGUGAAUAACGCUAUCCACUGGAUAAAUCGCCAUCCAUUAGCGCGUUUCGCUCGAUUAUCCCUGAGGAAAAAUGGAGACUACUCGUAGUCUACCAUCCAUUGGAUUAUGCAAUUGGUUUCUCUAGUACUUAGGGAUGGGAUAAUGAUUUAUCCGGUGGAUAACCUUUGGAAUAACUGACACCUGUCAGCGUGCAAAGAAAGUACUGUCCGAUAGCCCGGGGCUAGUGGAUUUUGCUAUCGGGCUAGUGAAUUCUGUUUUUAACUUGCCCUAUGAGCAAGUGAUGUUUUAUGAGGAAUUUGAAUAACAGAAGAACAAAAAACUUUUGGGGCUAGUUGAAAUGACGUCUGCGCUAGUAAAUGCUAGCUUCAGCUUGCCCGAAGUAAGCUGUAAAAGUGAUUUUCUUUGCACCCUGCCUGUUCUUUUCAUAUUCAAUUAUAAAACUUUAUUGGUUGACUGACCAAGGUUUUCUUGAGUCAUAUGGAAACCACAACACGUACUUAGUCCGCUUCGUUACUAUAGGAAAUGGUGUUAGUCUGGUGACAGGCAGAUUAAAUACUGGCACUUUUUUCUUUCACGGGCAUACUUUUUCCUUCAUUCAUCACUCUUUGUAAUGAACUUGGUACAGGUUACCUACAAUUCACUGUUCAUCUGUUGUUUUUAAGGACAGCCAAAGGUGUGGAGCAUUUUAAAACGGGAAAUCACGAGGCUGCUAUGAAAUAUUUUGAGCAUGCGCUACAGAUUGAUGGUCAAAAUGUGGAGGCACUGGUAGCUCGAGGAGCCCUGUGAGUUGUUUAGAAGUUGAAACUUCUUCAGUCUUUUAUAAUUUUGUUAAAAAAGUGUUCUCAGGACUAUUUUGACUCUUCCAGGAAUCUAACUCAAAUUGCUUUUUCAUAUCUAGAUAUGCCAAUGACGACAAGCUCACCCCCGCUAUCAAAGAUUUCCGGGCGGCAUUGGCGAUCUGUCCAAGUCACAGGAAUGCCAACAAAUACCUCACUGCCACGCUAGUGGAACAGGGAAUACAGUAAGUUACUGCAAGCCUGCAGUCACUGUUUUUCCUUUGUUAAAGGAUAUAUGUCGAUCCUACAAGAUCACCAUUGACUUGCAGUCGGACAAAGCAAAUAGCUGUCUGACGUACAUUAUUUUGCCUUGUAAAGGAGUUACAAUGUAUGUCAUAAAAUGUAUUAAAAUUGAAACUGUGGUAGGCCCCGCUCGAAGACGUUCUUUUGGCUCGUCCCGCAAAUCCUCAAAAAAUUGUUGUAAUUUAAUAUGAAACGAAUCUCGCAUAUGUAUUGCAGGUUUUUACAAAGUUUUUGUCGUGUUUUUGUUCCUAGACGAGAAAAAGAAGGGAUACUGUCAGAAGCUAUACAGAGCUUUAAGGAGGCAUUAGAAAUUGAUAACAAUCAACAAACAGCGAGAGAUCAUCUUGAGAAAAUCGAGCUGCAAAUCAGAGUUAAGGAACAGGUGCGUAACACGUGCUUGCUUACUUGAUUACUACAAACCAAUCCAUGCCCCCACCCCCUUCUAUUCCCUUCUACCUCUAGAAUUUAGUACAGGGUUGAGCACAUGUGCACAGGUUAGUUACUCGGAAAACGAGUGUCCAUCAGAUUUCGUAGCGCAUGCGCGAAAUCACCCUUUUCCAAGCGUUCAUUUUGUAGGCGCGUACAUGGAGAGUUCUCCUGGCUAUUUCUCAGCUCAGAUUUUGAUUUCGCCUUCCUGCUCCCCAAGUGAGACAUAAAGUCAGUUGAAAGCAAUUAACAGUUUAAUUACUGGACGUUUUAUAAACUAAUGAUAUUUCUUGCUAAUGCGAUUGUUUUCCUGUUUUCUCUCUACAUGUCUUGCUCCCCAUCGUUCCGUUGUUGGCUGACGAUUCCAUUUUCUAAUUUCACUGCCUUCUUCUGUGAUCGUACACACAAUGAAAUCUACAUGCUGUACGGGGAUUUUCGCGGUAACUCUCAUUUCUACUAAAUGACUUUCUGUAUCUUGUUUGUUUUGGCUUUUGAAAUAAAAAUUGCGACCGUUCACUUGUUGUUGUCAUGUUCUUCAUUUAUAAUUAUAUGUUGUGCUUUUUUCAUCUGAACGGUAUCACAAACACUUACUGUCACUUUAACUGUUUCAUAUCCAUUACCCUGUUCCCUGUCCCUCUGUUGUCUGGUUUGAUGCAAUUUGGAUCAAAUUUUACUUUAUUUUUGUUACUUUGUCGCAACUCAAUUUAAACACUUAACCGAAUUACUUUCAUUUGGAAUGUCUUGUUCAUAAAUCGUACCAUUUUGUCUCAAAUGAUCUUUCAUUUUUCAUGUUCAUUCCCACUCUUACAAUUUUUGCCUUCUAUUACACGAUUUCCCGCAACGUUGGCUCGUGAUAACAAAUUACAACCAUAUUGCACCACCCCUCCCAUCUCCCCCAAUUCGUUGUUUUCUUCCUUUGACCUAACCUCUGACGUCAGAAGAAAGAGCAGGCCGCUGCAAGAGUGGACAAAGGGCUUAAGAGCAGGUUUAGUCACGUGAGGGAACUUAUUUUGGAGGAGCAAUUUCAGUCAAAGAAAAAAAGAAAGAAAAAUGAUAGGUAUGGAGACGUUUUCCAAGUAGAACGUUUUGUGAUGUCGCCAAUUAUGUAAGUUGCAUAGAACGUCAUGCGCCAAUCAGAGAUGAAGGCAAGUUCUGGAAAGCGUGCGACAGUAAGUCACGCUUGGUCUGAAUUCAAAUUAUGAUUGGUCGAGAAAUGGGGCGAGUUCUCGAGCUCACUUUAACGUGAUUCCUUUUCAUUUAGAGACCCGUCAGCUCGGGGAACGGUCCGAGUUGCUUCAAGCCUCCUUUUCUCUUAGCCUCGUUUUGGAAGUGAGAGUUUUUGUAACUAUGAAAUGGCCUUAACUGGUAUUUUUCGAUUUGUUUGAGAUGAAAGUUUGUUCCUAUUUGUUCGCUGAUUGUCCAGCUUUUUGUUAUAUUCACGGUUUACAUACGAAUUCCGAGUCACAUUUAUUACAACUUCUUUGUUUUGUCUCUUCAACUAGUAGAAAGAGAAAGAAGAAGAAGGUUAAAGUUCUCAAGAAAAAGAAAAGGAAAUCUAAAGCAAAGGUUCGUCGUGGCUCCAAGCGUACCAGUUCUACUUCAUCUUCUAGUUCAAAUAAUUCUUCAAGUGAAAGCGAGUCCUCGAGAACUGAUUCUAGUGAAAGUAGCGAGGAAUGGGUCGAAAAAAGUGGUGCAGAAAGCAGUAAAAGAAAAACAAGUAGAGAUUACAGGGAGAAAGAGAAACCUAAUCAAAGAGACGAGAAGGUGAAUUUUCGAGGAGAGCUUGUUCAUCCUGGUACUUUACAUAGCGAUAAGCGUGUUGGGGAAGACACAUUACUACAUAGCAGUAGAAGUAGGACUAACUCGUUACCAGAAUACGAUACGCAUAAGGGUCACAGUACGUGGAAAGGUAAUAGCGAUAAAACAACAAAGUGUAGGCCUUCAUCUUCAUCAAAAAGCCACAGGAGUUUCGAAAAAGAGAGAGAAAAGCAACCAGUCGAGGAUCAGGGCAAUGAAAGUAGAAGAUACAGAAGCCGCGAUGCUCGCCAUAGUCCACGGAAGCGAGCAGUGACUGAAGAGCGCGCUGAGAAUGUAAAAGAACUUAAACGAACUAAGUCUCCGAGGAAGGAGGGUAAGCAAGCGUUGUCCCCGUUAGACCAAACAUUUCUGGAAGGUGAGCUUAAGAGAAUCAGAGCGCACAGUGAGAAGGAUAACGAAAAGCGUCAGUCAAGCGCUCGGUACCGCAAAUAA